AAAUUUAUUUGCAAAUUGGCGGCAAACGAACGGCGUUAUGGGCAAUUGGUAUAAAUGGGUCGAUGUGGACUUCUGCAAAGAGCCAAUCAGUACACUAAGAACGCAAGACCGUGAAUCUCAAGUGCCAGUGCCACCAACGAAAGCCACAGCGACGCGUUCCCGCUGUGAUAAAAUAGACAGCAAGCUAAGAGCUGUGCUCCAUGAGCACGAUGCCCGACUCUGUCGUACGCAGGCUGGUCUGGACCGGACUAAGGGCAAAAAAUUAAAGAGAGUCCUCUCACCAAAGGUACCCAACGUUCUUAAAUUUCAGGAGAUAUAUAAGCGACACAAAGCACAGCUCAGCCGACGACUUAGGCAGCAACAGCGGAAACAAUGGGAAUUUCAUUUCAAGCCUGUGCCAAACUUCAGUCGGCUGCACAAAAGAUUGGAAAAAAGUCGCAGCUCGAACUCGGGGAAUUCCAUCACUGUUCCAAUCACUCCGCAGACUCUGGUCAAGUCAAUAGAAUCCAGCAAGAAACUGGAGCUGAUGCGGCGCGAUAACGAACGCGAGAUGAUGCGCAGACCAAAGAUAAUCUUCAAUUCGACAGCAUAUAUGCGCCGAGAACCAUUUCUGCCCAAGUACGAGUCAACCAUAAUCGAGCCAAAGCCGUUUCAGCUCCGAUGCGGUGAACGGGCCGAGAUACGCAAACAAUUCAAUGCGAGAGCCAAACAUGAUCUUGAAAUGCGUUUGCGGCUGGAGGCGCUGGAGCUGGCAAGGCAGAAUCACGAGGAGUACCUGCAACUACGAAAAUUGACAGAGUUCAAGGCACGGCCUAACCCGUGGAAGCGCAUUUCCGCAAUGUGAACGUCCCGUCCGGUCCAUCAUACCUAUACUUAUCGCAUGUCUCUAUAUUUUCAAAUAAACUUUGCCUUUGAAAUGGCAAGAAUGACGCUUCUUACCUGUACAAUAUAGAGGCAAGGACACAUUGGAGCACCGCCCCCUAUGCUGAUCCCAAUUAGAUUGCUCUGAUCCUUUUGAAUGACAACGGCAUUGGUGGUGACGGUCAUCCCCCUGUUAAAAUUAAAAAGAACAAACUA